CUCUCUCUCUCUCUCUCUCUUUCAAUAGUCUACAAAAAUUCAUCUUUCCAUCCACAAUCUCUUCAUCUCCGCCGGCCGGCGGUGUCUACACCACAAAUUUUUCUAAUUCCCGCCUUCUCCGAUCACCGAUCUCCUUAGGUAUAUACACUGAAUAUAUACGCAACUUACCGUGGCCGGCUUUGUCAACGCCGUAUGUAAUGGCGGCGUUGAUGGUUGAGAACUUCGAAGGAAUAAUGGUGCGCGGCGGCGUGGACUCGCCGAAUAAGGCGCCGGCCCCUUUUCUCACAAAGACAUUCCAGCUCGUCGACGACCCCACCACCGACCACGUCGUCUCUUGGGGAGAAGACGGCGCCACCUUCGUCGUUUGGCGGCCGCCGGAGUUCGCACGUGACAUCCUCCCCAAAUCUUUCAAGCACAACAACUUCUCCUCCUUCCUCCGACAGCUCAACACAUACGGCUUCAGGAAGAUAGUGCCCGACAGAUGGGAGUUCGCCAACGACUUUUUCAGGAGAGGGGAGAAGCACUUGCUGUCCGAGAUCCACCGGAGAAAGACUUCUCUUCCGCCGCAAGCCGCCGUCGGCCACCACCACCUCAACUACCCCAUCGCUCCGCCGGCGUUCUUUGCCGGUUACCCAAACCGGCCAAGCAUUUCGCCGCCGUCGGACUCGUCGGAGAACCAACUGCCCGCGACAACCCCGUCGCCGACGACGAAAGGGAACGGGAGCAGUCUGUGCUGCGACUCGGCGGGUUUCUCCCCCGGCGAGUCGAUGACGGCGGCGCUGGCGGAGGACAACGAGAGGCUGAGGAGGAGCAACCACAUGCUGAUGUCGGAGCUAGCCCACAUGAGGAAGCUUUACAACGACAUUAUCUAUUUCGUCCAGAACCACGUGAAGCCCGUUGCUCCAAGCAACAACCUCUGUUCUUCUGACUUAUUCCAACCUCCGCCGCCGGGGACGGAGGCUCAAAUCAUCACCUUCCAUCAACAACCCGUCAACCGCCAUCCCAAACGAGUAGUAGUCGGCAUUCCUAACCAGAUGAAUACCGCCGGCGGCGUCUGGGCGGCACCUGCCGGAGAGGUGGUAGCGGAGGAGGGUGUGUUGGGAAGGACGAAGCUGUUCGGGGUCCCACUUGAGUCAAAGAAGAGAGUCAACUCCGAUGCGUUGGAUCAUCGUCGUCGUCGUCAUCAUCCCAAUAAGGCUCAACGACUAGCGGUCGUCUCGGGAAAAGACAAAGGCCACUUGCGGUUGAGUCUUAAUUAAUUAGCCUCCUCCUCAUUUUAUUAGUAGAUCGUCUUAACUUUCACUAAUUAAUCACCUUAAAUCCUGAUUAAGAAAGGCCAAUGGCAAUCAGGUUUCCUAGCUAGCUUGGUUUUAGUUUUAUUUCUUGUUCAUUUAGCAUUAAUAUCUCACCUUUUUUGUUUCAGAUGGUGAGAUAAUUAGAAAUGCUUUGUUUUUUUUAGUGGUUUUUAGUUUAUGAGUGAGUAAAUAUACAUGGGAGCACAAA